CCAAUAACGGCGUGUAAUUUAAAAUCCAAAUAUCGAGAAUUUUGCGUUGAUGUCAACAAAACAAUUCCGUGGUGGAGUUAUAUGCAAAUCAAUUAACCCGAAUUAGUUAAUUGGCAAGACAGCUACUUACAGAUAACGUAGGGUGCAGAAAUAGAUCAUAUCGGAUGGCUCUCCAUCCGAAAUCUCGACGCUCCCCGAAGCGAUCGCCUAACCAUCGACGCUCUCCUCGUCGUGACGGCCCGAGGCGCUGUGACACUGCUCCUGCUGUACCGGCACCUAGCAGUAAUGUUCGAGUUGUUCUUCGCGUGAGGCCAGAAAACAGUCAAGAGAAUGCUGGGGGAUACAGGAAUGUUGUUGAGGUUCUAGAUGAUCAUGUACUUGUGUUUGAUCCAAAGGUUGAACAAUCGCCAGGCUUUUUUCAAGGAAAGAAGCUUCGACGAGAUGUGCGAUUUCGCAGGAACAAGGAUAUGAAGUUUGCCUUUGAUCAUGUGUUUGAUAAGAUGGCAACUAAUGAGGAUGUGUUUGAAAAUACAACCAAGUCGAUACUGGACAGCCUCCUGGAUGGCUAUAACUGUUCCGUCUUUGCCUACGGUGCAACCGGAGCUGGAAAGACUCAUACCAUGUUGGGUAAUUCAACGAACCCGGGUAUAAUAUUUAGGACUGUCAUCGAACUAUACCGCAGGAAGGAGGAGAUGAAAGACAAGAUGACAUGUGACAUUGCUGUGUCUUACUGUGAGGUUUAUAAUGAGACCAUUAAGGAUCUGCUGGUAGUCGGAGGAGCGCUGGCUGUGAGAGAGGAUGCCAAGCAAGGUGUUGUCGUCGUUGGCUUGUCACUGCAUCAACCUAAGAGUGCAACGGAACUUUUGCAGAUGUUAGAGUUCGGAAACAAGAAUAGAUCACAACAUCCGACCGAUGCAAAUGCUGAGUCAUCCCGGUCCCAUGCUGUCUUUCAGGUGUUUGUAAAGCAGAGAGAAAGAACGGCUAACAUCAGUGCAGAUGUUAGAGUGGCAAAGAUGUCACUGAUUGAUCUCGCUGGUUCUGAGCGCGCAAUCGUCACCACCAACAAUGGACAGAGGUUCAGAGAAGGUGCAAAUAUAAAUAGGUCUCUGCUUGCACUAGGAAACUGUAUAAAUGCAUUGGCAGAUAGUAAGGUGAAAGGUCAACACAUUCCAUACAGGAACAGUAAGCUGACGAGACUACUCAAAGACUCGCUAGGUGGCAACUGUCGUACUUUAAUGAUUGCAGCUGUCAGUCCGUCAAGCAUGACAUUUGAGGACACUUACAACACCCUGAAGUAUGCUGACAGAGCCAAACACAUCAAGGCUCAGCUGAAGCGUAACGUACAUAACGUGAACUUCCACAUCACCCACUACACUAAGAUUAUUGAGCAGCUGCGAGCAGAGGUCACAGAGCUAAAGAGCAAACUCACGGCUUGUGAGGAGUGCGGCCCUCGACCAGUAGAUGGCGCACCUGUGACAGAGGGAAACACCGUCGCAGCACUCGAGGAGAUUAAGAGGUUGCAAGGCAUUCUGGCUAGUGUGUUUACUGAUCGUAUCAAGCUCAGGAAGCAACUGCUGGACUGUGAGAGUGUAGAUAGAGACCUGCAGUACCGAUUGCACAAGAGAAAGACGCAACUGCACAGAUAUUCGUUAAUUGCUACUUCGCCUAACAAAAUCACCCAGCUCAACGAAAAGCUCGCGCUGUUUGAAGAUGUGACUGCAGCGAAGAGACAGAAGCUCUCAGCAGUGAUGGACGAAUCGACGAGAGCGCUAGGGGAGAACGGAGAAUGGCUGGCGCGCGUGGAACAGGAGCUAACCCAGAUCAAUGAUGAUGGGGAAAUACCAGAGGUACUGGAUCGCGGCCUGCGUGCGAGGCAGCUGGAACUAGAGUUGAGGGAUUCACGUCAGAGCGUCCGAUUCCUCAAGCGUUUCAUCAAGGCACGAGAGCGUGAGUCGCAGCAGCAGGAAAGGCUUGUGGCUUCACUGCUUGGCUACACGAAGCACCAGUUCAUGAUCCUUAAAGGAAACGGCCUUGUGGCAUCAGAUCUUGAGAUGACAUUUGAGAGAAUCCAGGAAGAGGUGGUGUCAAGUCAGCAGAUUGCUUGGGCUGACCAGCCUUGCAAAACUACAGACGAUGGCUCCAUACUGGAUAUCGCCUCGUUGAUUGACCUGCCUCUAGUUCCCAGUUCUUCACUCCACACUCCAAAAUCGAGGCAGUCGUCAACGAGGAGGCGCGUUACCGUGGCUCCGACGCCACCAGGUGGCAGUCCUGUGGUGGCAGCGAUCAAUACACAGCAGACGCACGACUCUGCGUUAACUCUGAGCGAUCGGGGCGAUGUGGCGACUCCUGGUGCCGCGGAGCUGAAUGUUAACUCGCACGAGGGAGCCACGUGUCGAGCAGGUAUAACCCCAGUGGCACAUGGACAAACUGAUGCGUCGCACACAUCACAUGCGCAUACAGGCUGCCCGCCCGCACAGCAGACGACUGCAGCACCAUAUAUCCACAUUCCCGCCGCAGGCGACGACGACUCAUCUACGAUUACGACAAAGCCGGCGGUGAAGCCAUCACCGAACCUCCACACUCCGAGGCGCAUCAAACUGGAGGACGCGUCGCACAGUGAUGCGUUCACUCCGCGCAAACUCACUAUCUACGGUUCCCAGAACAAGGACAAAUGGCAGCCGAGUCCUGCUCUAGGAACCCCACGGAGGGUGCCAUUACUACGGGAGCAGACAGCAGCUGUUGCCGUGUGUGUGAGUGCGGACAGACCUGAUGAGGCAGCAGCAGCUUGCGGGCAGCGAAUAGUCGUCUCUGAUAGAUCAACGCUGUGCGGUGAGCGGUCUAGUAGUAGCUUGACUGCAGACGGUACGGCCGACGUGGUGUCAGUGUCGCCAUCACAAGCGGCGAUGCCUGUCUGCGAGGAACUAUCUCCGGUGCGGCGGCUGAACGAAACAUUUGAACAGGUUGCGAGUGCAGAACUAACAGCGUCAGACGCUGCUGAUGUUGAUCUCCCGGAACCCGUCAUCACCGCAGGCAGAAGGGUCGCUACGUGCGAAUCUGUUGCUACGUGCAACGAAACUGUCAUCGAAUCCCGCUCUAUUCCCAUUAACAAUGGUACUGUCACCAAAUCUCACCCCAUCCCCAUUAACAAUGGGACUGUCACCAAAUCCAGACCUGCAGCAGUUAGUAACGGAACCGUCACCAAAUCUAAACCUGCGGUCGCUGGCGGCGACGGCUCGAUCGUCGUCACCGACCCCGUCGUGAUGAACAGCGGCACGGUAACGAAGGAGAGACCGGCUGCAGCAGCAGACGUCGAUCCAGCAUCCGGCGGGAGAGAGGCGCGGCCGAAGGUGGUGCGCUCGAUGACGUUUCAGGACGACGAGUCAUCGUGCGCGUGGGGCAGCCCGGCAGGUCCGCGCACGUUUGCGGAGGUGGUGUCGUCGCCCCUGCAGCCGGUGUCGUCGCCCCUGCAGCCGGUGAGACGCGGCAGCGACCAGAACUUCAAUAAUCGCGUCGCGACGUCUUCUAGUCAAGUCCCAGACAAUAGUGCGGAUCGUCGUGUGACCUUCGCUUCCCUGCCUGCUAGUAAUCAACCCGGUGCAUGGAGGUCUGGUGGAGCUAGCAAGUCUCUCAAGAUGACACACUCAUCAAGCCACCUUACAGGAUUCAACAGGGCUUCGUCGUUGAUACCCAGUAAGAUACCCGCUACCAAGCAUCUGAGGACAGCCACUGGUCCACAGCACUUCACAAGGAGUCCACUGAGCGAACACAAUCACAGACAGCCGUCGUCUGCGAAGAAGGCCUCCGUGCAUGAUAAUGACAAGCCGGGGUACAUGUCUAGGACAACAUCAUUCAGUUUUAAAGUGAGGAAUGGCCAGUCCAGUAAGGAAAACAAUCCAUUCACGCCACUGGGCAUGAGUAAGGCUAUCAGCUCAUCGAAUUUGGCACUCAAUGAGAAGUUAAAACGUAAAGGACUGUCCAGGAGUAAGUCGAUCAGCUCUCUACGUCAUGCAGUGAAGUCGACAUUCGCACGCUAACGGCAAAUAAUGCGGCAAUGUGUCGUCACGCAAAGUCCAAGUGUAGUAUAGAUGGUUCUACGCAUUCACUUAAUAGCAAUAACAGUGUGCAUGUGUCUGUAAAUGUGUGGAGUGACAUGCAGAAGAAAAGGCAUCCCACUCAGAAAGCCUAACUGGAUUGUGUGAAAAUAUUUAGCCAAUGUAAAGUGAUCAUAGUAGUGAUUGAGAGUAUGUUCGUAUGUUGUGUGUUUCCUGACUGUAAGCUUGAUAGUAAUGAUGCCUGGUUCCAUAGAUCAGAUGAGAAUAAUUAUCGAUGUAUUUGUAUCACGUUUUUUAUAGCAUAAAAUUAGCAUUAAUUGCAAUUGUGACAUUGCUGCGUUCAGUUUAAAUUACUGUUAAUUAACUUUGUGGGAAUAGUAUAUGAUUCCGUAAUAAUUAAAUUGCUGGAAAUCAAUCGCUGUGUAACUGCAGGGUAAUUACCAGUUCACAUUCGAUACCUAAGUGAUAUUAUGAACAUGAACGGAAGCAUCCUCGUGGUAUAUGUAUGAGAACACAUGUUCAUAAUAAAAUGUGUAGCUGAAUUACUACAUUAACUUUGUUUAUUUUA